AUGACCGGGCGGCUUGUAUUCGUUAGAACAAAGUUCCAGAGGAAGGCAUAUGAUGAGUCAACGAAUGCGUCACAACAAAUGGCUUUAGGCAAAAUCUUGAGCUUACGGUCAUAUCAUAAUUAUGACCAUGCUAGAGUAAAGUACAUGGCGCAGGGAGGCUGGGAAGCUGGAAUCUUCCGCUUUAGAAGAGACUCUGGGGUUGGAUGUUCACCCGCAGCAGUCAGCAAGAGACACCACAAAUACCAGAGCUACGAGUCAGUACUGAACGUGUGCAAACUAAAAACAGCUAAAAGUGAAAACAGGACACACCUGACGCAACUAACAGAUGGUAAUAGCACAGAAGUGACAAGCAAGCAAGCACAGGCAAAACAAACUCGGGCACGUAGCACAACAAAGACUAGGACCUACUGCGACCGCUGA